AUGGAGGUCGCAAGCAUGCAACAGCCGAACGGUGACCAACCAAUCUCCAACAUCAUGGAUGCGUCAAUGGAUAUCGAUAUGGAUCUGGACCUGGGUCCAUUACCUGAACCCGAACAAUUCGAUGCCGAUCCGAUGACUGGGACGGUUCAAGAUGGAGCAGUCGACCCUCAGCCCGCGGAAGCGCAUUAUGAGAAAGUUCAUAUCAGAGGCGUAGACGAGCUAACCACGGAUAACAUCAAACAAUUCGCGCUCGAGCACUUCACCGUUGAAGAACCGUCUCGCGUCGAAUGGAUCGACGACACCUCGGCAAAUAUUGUCUACUCCUCGUCGGAGGUCGGCCUCCAGGCUUUGUCGGCCUUUACGCAAGUCAGCGAAGAAGAAGAUUCCUCCGUGUUACCUGCGCUGCGUCUACGAUCCGCUAAGCUCCUCUCUUCCCACCCCGAUUCCGUCCUCCAGGUGAGAUCUGCCGUGAAGUCGGAUCGCAAGAAGCCCCGCGCCCAUGAAGCCAGUCGAUUCUACCUCAUGCACCCCGAACAUGACCCUCGCGAGCGGCUGCGACGGGAAUUUGACGACAGACGGCGUCAUGGCGGAGGGGAGAGCAGCGAUGGAGACUACAGACGGAGGCGAUUCGACGGUCGAGAACUAAGGCGACGGAGAGAUCGUGACGGGGACGAGCUGAUCAGCGCUAACAUGUACGACGAUACGGGGGCAGCUAGCACGGAUUAUUCUGAAACAGAAAGGGGUCGUGAUCGUGAUGGACGAGGCCGACGCCGUGAACGGGAGCUUUUCCCGACAGACGAAGGACGUCCUUCGGGACGCCUUCAGAAUCGCAGUGCAUCCCCGGGUCGAGAUACGUUGAUGGAAACUGGGUAUUCAGAGCUUGGCCGUCGCGAUUCGCGCAGACAUUUCCGCGAGAGAUCACCCCAGGGCAGCCGCCAAAAUCAAGGAAAGGAACUUUUCCCGUCAAAAUCCGCCGAUGCCGAUUCGAACUCACGAGAGCUAUUUCCGAAUAAAACGGCGACCAGUUAUCUCAAGAAGGAGCUCUUUCCCAGCAAACACAGCAAUCAUCGCCGGUCGGAUGCCAUUGAUGCUGCCGAUGAAACCGCAGACCUGUUCUCUAGGCGGAUUUCAGUCCCUCUUGUGGAUGGGUCCCAGGAUCAACGGCGGAGCAAAAAUGUCGAGCUCUUCCCUGACUCUGGAAAGAGCGGCGUCAAUAUCCGUGGAGAAGCUGGCCACGAUCAAGGCAUCUCGAUCCGUGGAGCGGCUAAUGGCAUGUCGAUUAAGGGACGAGGCGCAUCUGCUCGCGAGCUGUUCCCGUCCAAGUAUAACUCCAACAACGCCAGCAAGGAGCUGUUUUCAGAGAAGUUAGAAGGACGAGGCGGCCCGCGACGGAGGGCGGAGGAUAUGUUUAGCUGA